AUGGCUUUGCACAAUUCUGUCGGGAAUAGUAGCCAGACAUCAACCGAUUCAGAAAUCGCAUUGUCCGUCAACCGCGUCGCAUUUCGUGUACCAUCGUUCAUCCCUGCAGAUCCAGAGUUAUGGUUUGCAAUGGUGGAAAGUAGCUUUGCAAAUGCGAAAGUGACUACCGACGCCACCAAGUUCAGUUGCGUCAUAGAAGCCUUGGAGCCACGAUACGCCUUAGAAGUUAGAGACAUCAUAGUCAACAAGCCUGAAAGGGACGCAUACGAGAUACUAAAAGCAGAGUUGGUCAAAAGGCUCAGCACGUCCCAGGAGCAGAAAACCAGACGCCUACUAGAGAUGGAAGAGUUAGGGGACCGAAAGCCGUCGCAAUUUCUCCGUCAUCUAAAAGGACUUGCAGGCAGCACCGUUCCCGAGUCCAUGCUGCGGACGCUGUGGUUCGCUCGCAUACCAACAAGCAUGCAAGCUAUUUUAGCCGCACAUCGCGACCUAUCAUUAGAAAAGUUGGCUGACUUAGCUGACUCUAUUAUGGACCUAACGGACAAUCGCCCACGAGUAGCAGAAACCAUGUCGUCCCCUGGUGAUCAAUUAGCAGCACAACUACAGCAGCUAACUCUUACGCUACAGAGAGAGAGAUCGCAUCAAUUAAACAAGAAGUGUCCGAACUGCGAUACCAACAUAAACAACGGUCAAGAUCGCGUUCCAGUUCACGUCCUCGUUUCCGAAACCGCAGUGCAUCCAGUGGUAGUUGUUGACGACAGAUUCGGGAAACGCUACGGGGAGUCGUUGAUGUCGGCGGACGACCUAGGCCCCUCAGUAUCUCGCCGCAUCUUCGUGACCGACGUCCAAACCAAAACACAGUUCCUGAUAGAUACCGGAGCUGAUUUGUGUGUAUAUCCCCGUUCGCUCGUAAAGGGACCGUGUCAAAAGUCAACAUAUCAACUUUGCGCAGCCAAUGGAACAACAAUAGCGACUUUCGGUACAAUCACCUUAACUCUCAACCUCGGUCUACGUCGUGAUUUUUCGUGGAGAUUUGUAGUUGCUGACGUCUCAAAGCCCAUAAUAGGUGUCGAUUUUCUUUCAUAUUACAAUCUUCUGGUAGAUGUAAGAAAUCGAAAACUCCAGGUUGCGACGACACAAAUCACUGCUAGAGGGACAGCCGCGAACGGAAGUCUUCCGUGUAUCAAGACCAUUUCCGGUUCUACAAUUUUUCAUGAACUGCUAUCCAAGUUUCCGGAAAUAACGCGACCAGAUGGAGUGGUGAAGAGCACGAGACAUCACACCAAGCAUCAUAUCGAAACUACGCCAGGGCCACCCGUUGCUCAUAAACCGCGACGGCUAGCCCCAGACAAGCUAAAAAUUGCCAAAAAGAAGUUCGAUAUCAUGCUGAGAACAGGAAUUGCAAGACCCUCCAAAAGCUGCUGGUCCUCUCCACUUCACAUGGUGCCGAAGCAAGGGAAUGAAUGGAGACCGUGUGGUGACUACCGGAGCUUGAACGCUCGUACGAAACCCGACAGAUAUCCGGUACGUCACAUUCACGACUUUUCGCAGACACUCUCCAACAAAAAAAUCUUCUCUACCAUAAACCUUGUGAAGGCCUUUCACCAGAUUCCGGUCGCUGAAGAAGACAUAAUGAAAACAGCGAUAACCACACCGUUCGGGUUGUACGAAUUUCCGUACAUGGAAACGCCAGAGCAGCACGAAUGUCAUCUAAGGGCGCUAUUUGAGCGUCUACAGUUCUACGGCGUGGUCAUUAACCCCGCGAAGUGUGUGUUUGGCGAAUCAAAAGUUAAGUUUCUCGGGUAUCUCGUGUCUAGUGAAGGAACGCAGCCUCUUCCUGAGAAAGUAGAAGCCAUUCGUUCGUAUCCGUUGCCGGAAACUGUGAAACAACUUCGUCGCUUUUUGGGCAUGUUGAAUUUCUACAGGCGAUUUAUUCCUAAUGCAGCAACAGUCCAAGCAGUGCUGAAUAACUUAUUACAAGGCAACGCAAAAGGCAAAACACCAGUGGUAUGGACAACAACAACCAAAGAGGCAUUUGAGGUAUGCAAGGAUAGUUUAGCCCAAGCUACCUUGCUUGCUCAUCCUACACCCGACUCGCCACUAGCAGUUUUCUCUGACGCAUCAGAUUUAACCAUUGGUGCAGUCCUACAACAAUUAGUCGAUUCAUCAUGGCAACCAUUGGCAUUUUUCUCGAGAAAACUGACGACAACAGAGAGAAAGUAUGCAGCCUACGACAGGGAGCUACUAGCUAUAUACGAAGCCAUAAAAUAUUUUCGACACAUGGUAGAAGGCAGACAAUUCAGCAUAUUCACCGAUCAUCGACCGCUGACAUUUGCGUUCAAGAAAAAAGAAAAACAGUGCACGCCUCGUCAAUUCAGAGAUGGGAUUACUAGUCUAGUAAUCACGUGCCUAGUCCGAGCCGCCACACUCGGAAAGUCAGGAGACUUUCCGGGAACGAUCAAGCGGGUCGAGUCGGUGGCCCAGCCCGUUAACGUUGUGAUCGGUCGUCGUCGUACUCUCGCACUCGUACUCGGUUCGAACCCCGGCCGCGCGAAAAAAAUCGUCUACGGCAACUAA